AUGAACCGCAUUCUCGACAAUGCGGAAAACCCCAAUGAAACGCUGGACUACGCCUACGAGAAGCAGAUGGAAACUCUGCGGGACGUGAAGCGGGGCGUGGUGGAAAUGGUAACCGCGAAACGCAGGCUUCAACUCCAGGAGUCAAAGGUGAAGGACAGCGUUGUCAAGCUCGAUGGGCAGGCAAGGCAGGCGAUGGCCGCAGGCCGCGAAGACCUCGCCAGACUCGCCUUGCAGCGCAAACAGGCGUCGCUUAUGGAGCUUGAAGGCCUUGACACCCAGAUAGCUGACUUGGAGAUUGAGCAGGAGAAGCUCACCCAGGCUGAACAGCGCAUGCAGGCGAAAGUCGCGGCAUUCCGCACUCGCAAGGAAGUCGUCAAGGCGCAGUACAACGCGGCUCAGGCACAGGUUCGCAUCGGUUCCGCGCUAUCGGGCAUUUCAGAGGAGAUGGGCGAUGUCUCCCUCGCUAUCGAGCGCGCAGAGACCAAAACAGAAACCAUGCGAGCCCGCGCCGGCGCAAUCGACGAACUGGCCGAACUUGGUGUUCUGGACGACAUCACCGGAACCAGCGGAGACCCCCUCAGCAGGGAGCUUUCUCAGUUGAUGGCAGAGCAAAACGUGGAAGACGAGCUUGCCUCGCUGAAAGGCGAACUGCCGUCAGCAGAAAAGCGCGCGCUUCCCGAAUCCUCAUCAUAG